AUGCCAUCUGUUGAUCCCGUGAUUGGAAAUGGCGCUUCGACGGUGUCCUCUUCAAUCAAUUUGAUCAAAACAAUUAUAGGCGCUGGCCUAUUAUCCAUGCCAUUGGCAUACUCAACCGAUGGAUCCAUCUUUGGCACAUUCAUUAUUCUUGUUGCCGCCAUAACUUCGGGGUUUGGCUUGGUAUUACAGGCCCUUGUCUCGAAAUUCGCACCUGUGGGCAAUGCUACAUUCUACAACCUUUGUCAAAUCACUUACCCACAACUUUCCGUCAUCUUUGAUAUUGCAAUUGCCAUACAAUGCUUUGGCUGCGCCGUCUCAUACUUGGUGUUGAUUGGAGACUUGAUGCCAACUAUAGUUACCUAUAUACCUCAUGUUGCCGAAAAACACCAUAGACUUUUUUGGCUCGUUGCAUCAACAAUAGCCACUGUGCCGUUAUCAUUCUUGAAGAACCUCGACUCCUUAAAGUACACAUCCAUAUUGGGUCUUGUGGCUGUUGCAUACCUCACAUUAUUUGUCGUUGGCCACUGGUUUGCCAACGAUAUCCCAAGAAACGGCAUUAUAAGUUAUUGGCCUUCAAGCACAACAGCAGUGUUUAGCACAUUUUCAAUCAUUGUUUUUGCCUUUACUGGCCAUCAAAAUAUGUUUUCCAUAAUCAAUGAAGCUCGUGACAAGUCCAUAGGCAAGUUGGUCUCGUUGAUUAAUUUCGCCAUAGUUCUUGCAGCACUUUUGUUUAUAAUUGUUGGAUUGACUGGGUACUUGACAUUUGGCGCCAAUGUAAGUGGCAAUAUCAUCUUGAUGUAUCCCGCCAAUUGGGCAACAACAUUGGGAAGAUUCUGCAUUGUGUUUAUGGUACUAUUCUCUUUCCCAUUGAUGUUGCAUCCAGCCAGAAUCUCGGUGAAUAAUGUCUACUUUGCAGCUAAAAAGAAGUUUAUUCAAGUAGAAGAAAGAGUUAACGAGACAACGCAAUUACUCCAGCCAGAUACUAGUGUUCAAAAUGAAAAUGAAAAUGAUCCCGAGUUGCAGAUGAAAGAAGUGGUGGUUCCAUUCCCAAGAGAAACUUUUAUUGCAAUUACAAUAACACUUUUAGUUGUGGGGUAUUUUCUUGCAAUUACCGUCAAGUCGUUUGCAUUUAUAUUAGCAAUUGUGGGUGCUACGGGAUCUACGUCUAUCUCAUUCAUCUUACCAGGUCUUUUUGGCUACAAGUUGAUUGGUUCAGAAGUAGACGCUUCAAAAGCUGAAAAGGCUGUCAAAUACUUGUCGCUUUCGUUAACCGUUUGGGGUGUUAUUGUUAUGUUUGUUUGUUUAUACAGCUCAUUAGCUCUUUAA